GCUUAUAGAAUGGAUCUGUUGUUCCUCAGCCGGCGAAUUUUUCUGGGCGAUGGCAGUCAUAACUCCCUGAUCCAUGGCGGCAUUAUCGUGGACACGGAGGGCAUUAUACGAAAGGUGCUGCGAUCGCCCCAGGAGGUAAACACCUAUCUGUACAACACCGAAUCCGAAUCGGUCUAUGACUUUGGUGACCUCGUCCUGCAGCCGGGUCUUAUUGAUCCCAAUGUGCAUAUCAAUGAGCCGGGCCGAAAGGACUGGGAGGGUUUCGUCUCGGCCACAAAGGCGGCUGCCGCCGGUGGCUUCACCACCAUCAUCGAUCGACCCACCAAUGCCGCCCCACCCACCGUCAGUGUGGCGCAUCUGAAGGCCAAAACAUCGACGGCCCGGGGAAAGAUCUACGUGGACGUGGGUUUCUGGGGCGGCCUCGUUCCCGGCAACGGAGAUCAGUUGGCUCCGCUGCUGGCCGCCGGUGUCAUGGGUCUGCAGUGCACACUAUGCGAUCCGGCGUCCCCUGUCGACCAGGAAUUUCCAGCCGUUAACGAGGCGCAGCUGGAGGAGGCACUCUGCCGUUUGGAAAAGGAUCAGGACGAAGGCGAAACUGUCGUAGCGGUUCAUGCUGAACUGCCGCUGUCCGGCGAAAUCCAACCGAACGAGGAGGCGCCGCCGCGGGAAUAUGGCACUUUCCUGGCCACCCGACCGCCGCAGAUGGAAAUUUUGGCCACCCAGAUGCUCUGCCGUCUGUCCCAGCGUCACCCGCGGCUCAAACUGCACAUCCUGAACGCGAGCAGCGGCCAAUGUCUGCCCCUGGUGGCGGAGUGCCGCCGGCAGGGCGGCCAAAUCAGCCUGGACACCUGUCCGCACUAUUUGCACCUGGCCGCCGAGGAGGUGCCCGAAUGCGGGACGGAGUUCAAGACAUGGCCACCGAUUAGGGAGCGCGGCAAUCAGGAGGCAUUGUGGCUGGGACUUCAAAUGGGCGGAGCCAUACGGAUGAUUGGCAGCGAUCACUCGCCGGCGACGCCAGGCGCACGCGCCCUCACCUGCGGCAGGGGGCGUGGCAACUUCCUAAAGGCCUGGCCGGGCAUCAACUCACUGCAGCUCAGCCUGCCCGUCGUCUGGACGGCAGCCAAUCAGCGGGGAUCCGCCUUGACCAUUGCCGACAUCCACCGACUGAUGUGCGAGGAGCCGGCGAAGCUGUGCGGCUUGUCCGCCUCGAAGGGCCGCAUCGCCGAGGGCUACGACGCCGACUUCUGUGUGUGGAGUCCCGAGGAGGAGUUCACCGUGGGUCCGGAGCAGCUCUACACGGCCACCAAGGCGACCCCGUACGCGGGCCGGCGGCUGAGGGGCGUGGUGCAUGCGACGGUGGUGCGGGGCCUGCAUGUCUAUCAGCAGUUCGAGGGCUUCGGCCAGCCGCUGGGCAAGGUGCUACUCCGCCGGAGCGGCCGCAAGCUGGUCAAGUUCGUGAGGAUGUGAGGGGUGGUAAACUUUGUUAAUUAAAAUCAUUAAGAGAUUGGGCUGUGUUCGUUGAUAUUCCGUAGCCACGUGGACUGGCCUGCCAAUACACUUUCUUUUUUGGGGUUGUUGCGUCUCUAUACGAAAAAAAAAAAAAAAAUAUUUAAAUGUAAAAUGCUAUUCGGAAUACCAUGUAUAUCAUAAAGAAUAUAUUUAUAAAAUAAAUAUUUUAAUUGUUAAAUAUUUUCUUAGCUUUUAAGAGCCAUGUUCAUGUUUAAAUAA